CUGUUCACGAUACGUCUGUUUUAUCAUCGCGGUAGUGUAGACACAACACAAGGCCACGCCAUAUUGAAUUGAAUCAGUCGUCUGUUAAUUUCGGGCCGGAGUGAAGUGAGUGAAGUCGCGAUUUUCCGUGUUGCAAGUGUGCAGUGGGGCUGCCGGGGGCAGAGCGCGGCGGCGGCGGCCGGGGAUGUGCCGGUGCCGGGGGUGUUUGUCCCGAGUACAGUGUGUACAGGAAGAUAAUCGAUUUGUCAACGCGAGGUUUAGAUUACGAUUUUCGGUGCACCCGUAAUUGACCCAAGGUGCGUUCGGGGCGCCGCGUCGGUCGCCGUGUCAUGUUUGGUGUCUUCUCGAAAACGCGAACGCUGGAAAGAGGUUAGGGCACGACGUGAGCAGGUGAGCGCAGGCAGGGGGCCCAGGCCCAUGGAGAAGAUGGAAGUUGAUGAGGCUGUCGUCGAUCUGAGUAUUAGUUCAAACCGAUCAGCUUCACCAGCCCAUCAGUCGCCGCACCUUCCUCCCCAACACCAGCCGAUGGGCAUCGUCUCAACGAACAGCGCCCAGUCGAUGGUCUACUCCAGGAGAGUGCUUCGCCCCCGCACUGAACCUAGAAGUUACGUCGAAAGCCCUGACGUGCUCAUUAAUGGCAGUAUAGAUAAGCCGCGGACAAACGGAAACGCCGAUUACAGCAGCGAUUCAAGCGAAGGAGAGAUGCCGCCGUUAGCGCCCAUCAAGGAGCUUAGCCCCUCGGAGCUGAAGCAAAGAGACAGAGGCCUGAGGCGACUGCGGGAGGAUUUGCGAGCGGAGGAGAUGAAGCUGGUGCUGUUGAAAAAAUUGAAACAAUCCCAACAGCUGAAGGAGAACGUGGCGGUAUUGCCUCCGAGCAUACCGCAGUCUGCGUUGCCGCCGACCGGUCUUCCAAGCGGGUUGAGCAUCACUCCGACCACUGUCAAAGUGCCGUCGAACAAGAGCCAGCCUCCGCAAGUCCUACAUUCUCGCCAUCCGAAUUCGCACAAAGCGGGACAAGGAAGUGUACCCUCACUAUUGCGGGGACAGCCGCCGCCGUCCCGUUCGAGCAUCCACGCGCCGCCUCUGGCCGGCUCGCCGCUGAGCAACCGUGGCGCGAGCCUUUCCGUACCUCAACCGCCGCAGAGGAGCUCGCUGGGACGACCGCCGUCAGGCUUUCCGCCAGGCGUUAAGGACCUGUCGCCUUCCGUUACGAUCACGCCCGCACCACCCCAACCGUCGAAGGAUCGACCUCGGGAUGACGGACAGACACCAGCCCAAAGACAAGCAGCGGCGAAGUUGGCGCUUCGCAAACAGCUUGAAAAAACACUUUUACAGAUUCCUCCGCCCAAACCACCGCCACCCGAAAUGCAUUUUAUUCCCAACCCUAGUAACACAGAAUUCAUAUAUUUGGUAGGAUUAGAACAUGUCGUCGAUUUUCUUACGAAAGAAACGAGAAUGCCUAUGCCACCCAUGCCGUUUUCGUGUACGCAGUGUAAUUCCGAUUUUACACCAGUUUGGAAAUGGGAAACAAAAGGCAAAAAUAGAGGUGUUAAAGUCAUAUGCGAACAGUGCGUUACAAAUAAUGUUAAGAAAGCCCUCAAAGCAGAACACACGAAUAGGUUGAAAACGGCGUUUGUUAAAGCUCUUCAGCAGGAACAAGAAAUUGAGCAGAGGCUAGCCCAGAAUGGAGUUUUUACUUCGAGUAGUCCGGCGCCGUCACCAGUAACACCGGAAGCCAUUCCGAAAUCGGCAACUCCUACUCCCACCCCUCGACAUGCUGCCACCCCUCCAGCUCCACCUGCCGCUCAACAAACGCCGCCACCUUCGCGUAGUUCGCAUUCGUCUUCGGAUAAGUUUUCGCAAAACGCCGCGGCGAUGCAAGCGCUGCAUCAACAACUACUUAGAAGUUUGACAGCGGGGGCCCCUCCAGCCCACAUGUUGCCAUUUUCGCCACUGUUUUACCCGUAUCAAGUAGCAAUGGCGCAAGCUGCAGCCGGUGGAAAAGGGAGCUCGGCUAACAUGGCCGACCUACAAAGAGCAGCUGAGCUCCAACGACAGUACCUUUUAGACAUGAUCCCUCCAGGACCGGGACAACGCCACAACUGGAAAACAUGAUGUGUCAGUGAUAAGACUUAGAUAAUAAUGUGCUAAAAGUGAUUAGACUGGUAAAUGGCCACCGAGGCUGUUGAGAGACUGUUUUAUCCACGUGUCAGCGGAUUUAAAUGUUUUAAAUAUGAUGUGCCCUUUAUUCCAGAAGUAAAAACCUUUUUUUGAACGAAGUUUGUUUUUAAUAACAGUUUGAGUGGAAAUUUAGUCAAUUAUCGCAAGACUGAAACUAGUACCUAUUGUAUUAUUGACACUGGAUGUGUUAUUUAUUUACUGAAGAGUUACUGAAAGUCAAAAACAAUUAACCCAUUAAACGAACGGAGAUCUCAGGAUUGACAUACUUACACUAAGUUAAAAUAAUUUUCUUAAGUAAUAAGAAUAAGUGAUAAUCAAGGUUCUGUUCCAAUGACGUAUGAGUUUUUUUACUUCUGGAAUUUUUAUUUAUUACGAGAUGUUCUCGAGACAAUGCAGGACGUGUAAAUAUGCUUUGGCGAGAUUUUAGAUGUAGAAAUAACGGUUGACAUUGCUGAAGCAACUUUUUGCGUUGAGAUGUGUAAGGUUGUUUGUAUUUGUGUGAUUGAUUAUUUUUAGCGGUGGAUUUCAUGCAUUCAACAUUUACAUUUCGUGCACUAUUAGUUCAAUUUUUUUCUUCAUCUCGAGGCAUUUAUUUUGGAGUAAAUGUUGCAGUGCCGAAACCGUGGCGUACAUAAUAUAAACAAGUUUUGUAAAUAGGUGUUUUUACAAUUGUAUAAUAGUUAAUCGAUAGGAAUAUUGAUGCAUAUUAUGCUCAUUAAUCUCGAUGUUGACAUUUAUUAUGAGGUGUUUUCUAUUGUAACAUGCAAAAUGUUUUCUAAAAUGAUUAGUUAACGACCUGUUAACUAGACAAUUGAGCUGUUUUUUGUGGACACCUAUGUAUAAUCAUGUACUUUCUGUAAAAAAUUAUUUAUUUCCAUUGUAACUAUAACAAAAGUGGUAUUUUCGAGGCACCUUAAAAUUUGUUAAUGCAGCUAUUAAGUUUAAUGAAUCGAAAAUAAUGAAGGGGUGAAGAGUGAUUUUUAUUCUAUUUCACUAUACUGUGUUCAUUUUAAUACUGUAUUUUUUCCAUUAGAAUUGUGUAUAUUGUAGCUAUACGAAGGUGCUAACAGAAAUUCCAUAUUUCUGAAAAUCUAAAUGAAUUUUGUUGUAUUUGUAGGAUGAGUGUUUGGAUUAACACAAUUUGUUUUCGCACACCUUGUCACAAAGCAAGAAGCUCAAUGAAACAUGUGGAAAAUAAUUAUUUUCUAAUUACCUAAAAAUAAACAGUAAGACUUAUUUAAGAGCACAAUUUACGCCAGUAAUCUCUUAAAAAUAUGUAAUUGCAUUUCAAAUAUCAGCAGUGUGAAAAUUGUCUACAUAAUAAAAUCAACUUUUCAGUCUUACUUGUAUUACUAGUGUUAUUAUUGUAGAUAGUGCUUGCAAUUUUCCAUCUAAAAUAUAGUCAAUCUAUGUCGGUAAUCGGCUGUGGAAUUAUUUUUGAUUAUUCUUUCAAUAUUUUUGAAACGUACAGUAUGUCACACACACACACUUUUUCACACACUGAACAGGUUUUUAGAAGAAAAUUUAUAAACUAGAGUUUGUAAAUAAUAGAAAUGUGAACUAAAUGCCUCUUCAGUACUUAUGUUAAUAUGUUGCCUCAAAGUUUUCAACUAUUACUAUUUUGUAAGUUGUGUAUAAUUAUUUCAACAUGUUUUUAAAUAAAUUGACUCAUAAGUUGAUAAAACUUG